AUGACCACAUCAACUACCUACCACAGCGUGGUGGACGACCCGCAGUGCGUCGUCCAGGCGCCGCCCCCGAUCUCGUGGAAGGCUGAGCUCAAGCACCUCUUGUCUUUGGCCGGACCCAUGAUUUUUGCCCUCUUUAUGGAGUCGCUCCACAACACCAUUAGCAUCGUGCUCGUUGGGCAGAUCGACUCGCCGCUCGCCACCGACUAUGUGGGUGCCGCGACCAUGGGCAGCAUGUUUGCUACGAUCACAUCAUUUUCCGUUGGUAUUGGGCUUCCAUCGGCGCUUGAUACCCUCUGCACGCAAGCCCACGGCGCCGGCAACACCAAGCAAUUUGGCGUCUACUUUCAAAGCUCUCACCUCGGCAUGGCCAUGGUUCUCAUUCCCGUCGUACUCGUCAACUGGUUUUCCGGAGAUAUUUUGACCGCCAUGGGCCAAGACGCCGAGCUAUCCGCGCUCGCGGGCACGUUCAUUCGUAUUCUCUGCAUCGGUCUGCCCUUCUACUUUGUCUACCAGCUCGUGCGCCGGUUCCUCCAAGCGUAUGAUAUUGUCUACCCGAUGACGGUCGUCGCGCUCUUGAGCAAUGUUGUGCACAUCGGUCUUGGCUACUACCUCUGCUACCACACGUCGCUCGGCUUCAACGGCGCGGCGAUCGCACGCUGCGUGAGCUACGUGGUGUUGCCGCUCUUCAUGCUGCCGUACUUUGUGUGGCGGCCGAUCCACCGCGAGUGGGGUCUGCACUGGAACAAGGCAGUCGCAGUCGGGAAUCUCCGCGAGUUCUUCCGCUUUGGGAUUCCCGGACUGCUCAUGGUCAUGAUGGAGUAUACCGCGUUCGAGAUUCUGACACUCAUGGCUGGCUGGCUGCCCAACCACAAGGUCAUGAUUGGCGCCAACUCGGUGCUCAUCAACCUCAUCACGCUCUUCUACAUGGUCUACCUCGGCAUUUCGUUCUCCGGCACGAUCCGCAUUGGCAACUUGCUUGGCGCCAACAAGCCCGACCAAGCCCGUCGCGUCGCCAAGAUGGCGCUCUGUCUCAGUGCGUCGUGCUCGAUCCUCACGGGCGGCACGAUGCUUCUCGCGCGGCAUGAGCUGCCCAAGCUCUUUCUGAGUGACCCUGACGUGAUUGCGGCGGCGUCCGAGGCCAUUCUGUGCAUCAUCGUGCUGCACGUCUUCGACACGCUCAACGCUGUGAACCAAGGCAUCUUCCGCGGCAUCGCCAAGCCGGCGAUUGCAACGGUGGUCAACGCGGCGACGUACUAUCCUAUUGGCAUUUCGCUCGCCGCUGCCUUGGGCUUUGGCCUGCACUGGAAUGUCAACGGUCUCUUUAUCGGGUUUACGGCCGGCGCCAUGACGGCGUGUGGUCUCUACGUCUGGCAGUUGCGCAAGAUCGAUUGGGAGGCCGCGGCCGCUGACGCGAUGGCGCGCAGCUCACCGAGUUUGACCCACGUCCUCGCCUAA